GGACCUCGGCGGCCAAUUGCAAAGCUGGGGCGAGCUGAUCGUCGAGAACCCGACUGACCAGUCCCGCACGGAUUGGACAUUCCCCGUACGGCCGUCUCUAUUGAAAACUACUCACCCCACUCACCUUGCUUGCGCAGGCCUUCUUCCACAACACCGAGCUCGUUUCCGACAAGCCCAUGGACAGCUCCGUCUGCGUUAUCCCCGAGACGGACAAGGCUUACAAGAGCAAGAACUCGGCUCUGAGCCAGGACGGCCUGUCAUGCACUCUGGGUGGCAUUGCUAUCUUCAACCCCGACCUCCCGGCGCCGGAGAUCAGCGACGACGACCUCACCCUCUAAUGCGGUUGAAGACGGACGGACGAGGAUGACCUAGCGAACUAUUAUUGGGCAUAUUUAUCCUAUUUAUCGGGAAGCCUCGUGUAUCUUCAAUGCAGCAUUCAUUCUUGAGGCAGACGACUGCCGCGAGGGCGCC